AUGAGAAACUUCAUCGCGGACAACCUCAUCCGCUGUACACUGUUGACGCGAACGUGGAGGGGCGGAGUGCACAGGAGGGGUAACUUGUCCACUUUGGGGGGCAAAAAGUAUGUAGAUCGACUGGUGAGCUACGAAGAGGGGAACUGUCCCCCAAAGGAGAAGCAGAAUGAGGGAGACAAGUUCAGUGUAGAUGGAACAAAUGGGCACAGCACAGCUCUUUACGACGCGCACAAAGACCGUCACGAUGCGACGUCAGAUGCGACGGCAGAUGUCGCGUCCGAGUCCGUACACGUGAGAAAGCAGAAAGACUUCCUUCAAAAAAUUGAUGAGGAUGAUUGCUCCCAGCAGGAGCAUAGCACUGUGAGAAUAUUCAAACAAAGGGAUGCAGAAGCUGAUUCAGAUUUUCUCCCCUGCAAUGACAAAUACAAUAAGCUUGUUAAAAGGUACAACGAGCAAAAGGGAUUAGCAAAGGGAGGGUCUAAGACGAAGAAAAGUUUACGCUUUGGACAAACUGCCUUACCAUUGCAAGAUGAGGAAAAAAGUCUGUGGGAAAUUUUGAAGGAGAAGGAAGAUUACUUAAGGAACAAAAAGAAAAUGAAGAAUUAUCAAAAGGAGCUGGAUUACAAAAUGGACAGAGAGUAUCAGAAGGUUAAGAAAGAGGACCAGUAUAUGAACUCUGCUCGGGAUGGUGCAAGUAGCGCGGGGCAUAAUAAGGGCCAGCGUAGAGGUGCUGUGUCCGACAAAGUUUCCUCUCCACAUGAUGACAUCGACCAGUUCUUGUCAGGUGAUGAGACGUACACAAAUGAAAUAAAGUCGUAUGACGAAAUUUACACCGAGUCACCCCUGCACAGGGGAGAAGUGAAAGGGAGCGGUGCGACGGACAAAGGGGACCACAACAUUGUUGCCCAAGAAGAGGAAGCGGUUAAGGAGGACACGAACGAGUUGAAUAUAAACAAACUGAUACAUGAGGAUCUGACGGAGAGCGCCCUUUCUUGUGACCUGAACGUGCGCUACGCUGAACUGAGGAGGAAGAAGAUGGUCAGUGAAUUUUUGGUGGACGACUUGGAGGAGAAGGGCGAGGCGGAUUCAGCGGCUUCUGCGAAGGACUCCCUUUUUGUGAAUGAGGUGGAAGACAUCACGGCGAGGAGGUGCAUUGGGGAGAUAACGAAAGGGAGCGGCUACCAAAUGGUGGACAACCAACAGACAGAAGACGCAUGUAUAGGUCAACGUGGCAACCAAGUGGAGAAGCAACCCCACCGCAGCGAAAGCAUUGUCGAAGUGACCCCUGCAGAUAAUGUGCAGCAGCUGAGCGGACACAGCCUAAGCACCAUCAUUGACGGUAAUAUAGACAAUCUGAUAAUUCAAAGGGAAAUCAAAAAGGAGAAAACAGCCAUGGGGAUACUGACCGUCCUGUACAAUAACCUGAACACCUGCGACAACAUAAACCUCAGCAGCGCGAUUAUGAAAAUGUCCAAGUUAAUGGACUCCUAUCAGAGGGGGAGCAUCACGAAGAACUACAUGUACCUUAAUGUGAUGAAAAGGAUAAAUGACAAGUUGGGGCGUUUUGACAUAUCGAAUUUGGCACAAAUAUUCUAUGCCUUUGUGAAGAUAGAGCAUUUUCCAUACUUUUUCAACGACGUAAUAAAUUACAUGAGUGUGAAAUUGAAGGAUGCUGAACCGAAGCACGUGUGCAGUAUUUUGUAUACCCUUAGUAAUAUCCUGGUGGAGACAAACGAGAGUCGUAUUUUCAAAAUGAAGGUUAUCGACAUGGUGAAGUCACACAUGUUAGUGACAUCCACAAGUCUGCACUUGAACGAUGUAAUAUCGUUAUUGACUUCUCUUUCAAAAUUGAAAUACAAAGAUGUGAACACCUACUAUGAAUUGUCCAAGCGGAUUGAAGAAAACGUGGACCAGCUGAACAUGAGAAAUGUGAGCAAUAUUUUAUGGGCCUUUAGUCAUAUUAAUUAUACUUCCAAGUUGGUGAAGAAGUUAAAAAAAAUUGUGGAGAGAGAUAUACACAAAGCUGAUCACCUUGAUUUGGUAAACAUAGUUUACUCAUUAACAAAAUUAAACGAAUAUGAUGAGUACCUCUACAUGGAUAUUUUUUACAAUGCUAUUAAUGUGUACUUACACCACAUGAGUGUGAAGAAUCUGUGUAUCAUCUUGUGGUCCUAUACUUAUGUAAACGCACACAAACCGGAUCUCUACAUUAGUAUACUUACAAAGCUUAAUGAAAAUGUGAAACAAAUUACCACAAAAGAUAUUGUUUCAAUUUUGACCUGCCUCAGUAGAAUACAGUUCAGUUAUAAAUACAAACAUCUUUUUUCCUUUUUGAAGAAUAAAGUGGUGAAAAAUUUGUAUGCCUUUUCUCCUUUACAAAUUACCAAUGUGAUGUACCAUUCAUCCUUCCUCGAAAUAUAUGACCAUAAAUUUUAUUACCUCCUUGUUCAGCAGAUUUAUCAAAUUAGACAUUUGCUUUAUUUAGAAAAUUUGGUUCUCAUUUUGUAUGCACUCAAAAAUGUGUGUUAUCUGAAUGUACACCAUGUGGAUGUCUUUCGCUUAAUUGCACACAUCCUGCAGAAUGUUAAGAAGAAAUAUAAGUUACUAUGUGGAGAGGACUGCGUCAAUAUCAUGCUCAUUAUUAAUGAUUUGGCCAAAUAUACCCAGCAAGGAUAUCUUGUUUGUGCCUCGCCCCCACCAGGGAGUACAGCAACAGAGUUGUCGUCACCAAUGUUGGGUCCCUCCUCUUCUAUUUCCCACUCAGCAGGAGAAAUGUCCUCAUCAAAUCACUACAUAGACAUAUUUGAUGAUAAUGUAAAUUUGACCGAGUUGCCUCCUUCCCUUAUGAGCAACAAUGAGGAAGAAGUGUACCUCCCACAUAUUAAUGACCUCCUAUACGAACAAAUAAAAUUGCGUUUGCAUAACUUUUGGCAGCUCAGCAUUAAAGACGUUAACAACUUGUUAAUCAUCAUGAGGGAUAAACGCAUGCACGAUGAUGUAAUUUUAAAUAUGAUAAUGCGGCAAAUUAUUCCCAUCCUGUCUAAGAGUACGAAUAUGGAAUUCCUAAUCUUUUUAAGCAACAUUACGGCCAGUAGGUAUAUGAAGUUUGUGGCUCUCACACACAUGUCCAGGAGACCCAAGCUCAUUUCCCUCUUCAAAAAAAAAAUCAACUCCAUAACGAGUGGUAUAUUGAAUAGCUACGAACAGGAAGAGGAGGGAGAAUCGUUUGAUUCUCCCCUGAACAGGGUAGACGGUAGUGACGCCCCCGAGCAGCGCCCCUUACUUACCAUGAGGUGUGGGUCAAUCGAUGUGGAUACUGUGCCCAGUUUAGGAGAUGACUCAAUUGUACAAGCGGGGGAAGCUGAAAACGGAAUGACCUCAACAAUGGCAAGUAUGCCAACCGGCUACAUAUCGCGUAACCCCAGCACGGUGGUUGAUCUCAACAGCUGCAUUGCCCUCUGCUAUGCCUGUUUCAAUAUACACUACGAAGACGAUAACAUACUUAAGUUAUACGACUUAGUGGAACACAUGAUUGUGCAAGAGAAAAGGCCCAUCUCCUCCUUCAUGCUAAUCAAUUUCGUGUACAUUUUGGCGCUCACAAAUAAUAAGAUGAAUCUGGUACGUAAACUGUCGCAGGAAUAUAUGCACCACAGGUAUGCAAGUGAUCUGGAGAAGAGCUGCGACGGAUGGGGAUCACUACAGAACCCGUUAACCAUACGUCAAGAUGAACAAGACGAAUGUGACCCCUCAUCGAUGAACCAAUCUCUGAGUACCCCCCAACAUCACAGCACAAAAACGUCCUUCAAUUUGUUUUACGAAGAAAAUGACAAAUUACGCUCCUACCUCCAGAAGGGUGGCGAAGAGGCCUCCUUACUUCUUCUAAAAUUGGCCUACGUCAAUAUUCUUAUAAAUACAUAUCAUUACUUGUAUCCUCUGCUGAGUGAAAUUUGCAGCUACUCUGACGAGAUAUACACACAUGAGUUUGUCAUUCUCGCAAAACAAGUAUGUUACCAUGUCUACAAUUUUGUGAAUUUUUUCUCCAGAGAUAAGGAGGCCAAGUAUGUGUGGAAUAAAGUGGCUCCAAAUGUGUACAUAAAUGAAAAUAACAUUUACCUGGACCUGGACUACGAGGCAUCGCCUGUUAACGUUAAUAUAACUGAUGAGGAAAGGGACAGAAACGUGUUUGUACACAGGAUCGAGCACACAGGACAGGCCAGCGCACCUGCUCCACAAAAUCACAAAAUAGCUAAAUCGUUUGACAACAAUUUGAAAAUUGCCAAAUUUUUUUACCACGUCUUAAAUUAUAACAUGGAUGAUGUAAGCAUCAGAAAUGCCAACUCUGCCUCGUCCCGGGAGGAGAGGAAGAAGAUCAAGAUGUUCCACUUUGACCAUGUCAUAUGUGACAUUCUCAAUUUUCUGAACGUACAGUACAAGGGAUCCUACACACAUGAAAACAUUUACAAAGUCUGCUGUUCCUUUCCAUACGAAAGGCAUUUAAUUGAUUUAAUGUCAUAUGAGGAUGUCUUGUACCCAUCGCACAGACCACUACUCUCCGCGGAGCUCCGUCAGAAGCAACUGGCCUUGAAGGGCUGGACUGUGCACGCAAUCAAUUUUCGAGACCUGUACAACAGCGUAAAGGACAAAAACGUCAUCUGCUACAUAUUCAGUAUUGUGAAGAAGAUAAAAAAAGAUUUGAAAGAGUUGCCCGAUGAUGAGAAAAAACUGGAAGAAAAAAACUUCUGGGAUAAUUUGCAGUAUGCCAACAUGUAG